AUCGAACAACCGGAUGUCUACUUUUAUGGAUAUUAAUAUGGCAAUGCGUCCAGUAAACGCCAUGUUCAGGAAAGGAGUAAUGUUUAUAUCGUCCGAUGAGGUUAUCCGUGUUAGAAAGGGUUCAGGAGAUAUAAAUGGAGACGAGUGGAGGCCAGAAUCAAAUGUCUUAAUAAUCACAACUAACCCGCCCAAGAAUUGUGUCGAAUCGGGGAAUACAACCGUGAAAUAUAUGCAUAUUAAUAUAGUUAUAUACUUGGUUAAAGAUAUAAGCCAGAGCUUGAAGAAAGCAUUACCCGGUCAACCAAUGGAUCUGGAUGAAAAUGAAGAAACAGAGCAUCAGCAUGAGCCAGCUGAAGACCGAGUUGAAGAAUCAUCCGAUUCUGCCAAUAAAAAACGGGUUAAUGAAGAUACUGAUAAAUCGGCUAAAAAAUCUUCCUGUAAGAAAGCUAAGUGA